GGAAUCUGUCAUUCAUAUGACACCAAUAUAGGGAGAAGGAAAAUGGUGGCCCUUCGCCGGUCAAGCCGCAAUCAGUGAUCUCGAACACUGGGCCUUCCCAGCCAUCAGAUUCUCACAUACAGGAAAAUGGUCCUAAUGAUUCACCCGGCGAUGGCUUAGCUCCUGAGGCGGAAAAGGUCGUGGCCCAAAACGACCAGCCAAAUCUAAGUGAAUUAACAAUUGUCAUGAAGCAAGUAUUGGAUGUUCUUCAGGACUCGACAAUUGCAUCGAAGAACGGCAAGGACAAUCGCUCUCGUUUCUGGGGGGUGUAUAAAAGAGUCGCGGAGGAACAUGACGGCGAAUUCCUUGAGCGAUACAGCAGCGACAUGGACAUUGUGUUGGUCUUUUCUGGUCUUUUUUCCGCUGUCAGCACGAGUUUCAUUGUCGCGAUGGAGUCCAAUCUCAGUCCCAACCCCAGCGACACUACGAAUAAGCUUCUCGCCCAGCUCGUACAAAUCGGACUCGGUAACCUCGCUGCAGCGGGCUCUACGCCCGCAGUACUAGCAUCUACGUGGUCGCCGUCAAGGGCGACUAUAUGGAUCCAAAUGACCGCGUACGCAAGCUUGUCCAUGAGCUUGCUCGCUGCUUUCGGGGCCGUACUAGGCAAGCAGUGG